GGUGUAGCCGUGAUAGAUGCAGAUGAAGUGGCCAGACAAGUUUUAGAACCUGGCACUAAAGCAUGGCAAGAAUUAAGAAACUACUUUGGUGAUGAAGUUUUACAUCCCAAUGGGAAGGUCAAUAGGUUAAAACUGGGGGAGCUGAUAUUUAACGACAUAGAGAAGCGAAAAAAACUCAAUGCUAUCACGCACUUAAGAAUACAGACGGCCAUGAUGAAAAUGGCGAUCAUGUACUUUUUUUCGGGCCACAAAUACGUUGUCAUGGAAGUGCCAUUGCUCUUUGAAACUGGGAAAAUGCUGAGUUUCAUGCACAAGAUCAUCACUGUUGUAUGUGAAGACCAUCAGCAAUUGGAACGACUUUGCAAAAGAAGUGACCUUUCGGAAAAGGCUGCCAAGAAGAGAAUAAAGUGUCAGAUGCCAUUGGAAAAAAAAGUAGCAAAUUCAAAUUUCGUUAUUGACAACACUGGCGACUUUAACCAUACCAGAAGUCAAACAGAAAGUAUAAUAAGGCUGCUGAGGCGGUCCAAAUUCACUUGGUACUUUCGUGUAAUCGUUCUGAUAACUUUAAUGGCAUGUAUAUUUGGAGUUACCCAUUUAGUUGGAAGCAUGGUUGAAAAUAAAACUCGAUUGAAAUAAGUAAAAAUAAUUUAUAUUUUAAUACAUACGAGUAGGAAGUAUUAUUUAUUAAAUACCACCAAGUGGCAGUAAUGGUUGUAUCUGUUCUAUAUAUUUAAAUACUGGCGACACUUUGUUAUUAAGGAAAAUCAGAAGUAAUGCCUCUUAUAGGAUUUAUUAUUAUCUAGAUUAUUUAUCAAAUUGCAUUACCAUAUUUAAUUUAUUCAAAAAUAUUCAAGCAGGUACCCAAAUUGUGAAUUUAUUGUGUCAUUACAUUAAGUAAUUAAUUAAUUAAGUACUAUACUGUGUAUAAUUUUAAUUGUAUGUAAGAUAGAUAUUAAACAAAUAUAAUAUA